CCUCCCCUCUCUUAUUCCACGGCUCUGUUGGCCCAAGCUCAUUUUGACACACGUUUUUUCCUGGCUUGGACCGUGUGGGCCCAGCUCCUGCGGUGCCCCGACCGCUCAGCCACGCGCAGCCAUGGCAGACGCUCAGGCUUGCAAAGUUUAUGUCGGUAAUAUUGACUGGAAGAUCACCCGGGACGAGCUGAAGGACCACAUGGCGUCGGCCGGCGAGGUGGUCUUCGCAGAGGUCUUCGAGCAGGAUGACGGCCGCUCGAAGGGCGCCGGGAUCGUCGAGUACUCGACCGCAGAGGCCGCCCAGAAGGCCAUCGCCACCCUCAACGACACCGAGCUCGGCGCGCGCCCGCUCUUCGUCCGCGAGGACAGGGGCAGCUCCAAGGGGAAGGGCAAGGACAAGGACAAGGACAAGGGCAAGGGCAAGGACAGGGAGAAGGGCAAGGGCAAGGGCAAGGGCAGGGGCAAGCGCUCCGACCCCGCCGACGAGGGGCGGCUGCUGUACGUGGGGAACCUGCCGUUCCGAGCGUCCCGGCAGGACGUCCAGGACGUUUUUAAGGAGGCCGGCAACGUGGUCCGCGUGGACAUCGCGGAGGGCCCCGACGGGAGGUCCAAGGGCUACGCCACGGUACUGUACGAGACCGAGGACGAGGCGAAGUCGGCCAUCGAGAAGCUGAACGGGAACGACUUCCAGGGCCGCCCACUGACGGUCCGGAUGGAGACCUUCGACUAAGGUCGCCGCCUUGUCAGGGCCCUCCCUCCUGGCCGUCUCGCGCCGCUUGCCGUGCGUGGCGACAAAGGAAUGCGAGCACGUGCUUGUCUUUUGUUGCCAUGCGUGAGUUCGUAUUGAUCGACCCGUCCCCUUCCCCGUGCCCCUCGCCUUUUGGUCCCUGCCCCGGCUCCGCGGGCGUUUGUUUUUUCAGACUUGCCUCGAGGCCCGCAAGGACCCUGGAAUGAGCGCAUUCGUUCCCGUGAGCUUGCUGCUGUUCCACGGGCAGAGCCGCAGGAUCUGUGUUAUGCAGCGGCUUGUCUCACCACCUUGACAAUGCACCCCUGACGUACACGGCGCCCUUCUGGUUGUUUUUCUAUGUAUUAUUAUUGUUGCGUGACGUUCGUGCGGAUCUCGUUUUCAUUAUUGCGUGAUUUUUUAUUAGUAUUUUUAUUAGUAUUGCUCCGCUCUUCUUGUCGUGCGUGACGUUCGUGCGGAGCCGUGCCCGAGUGCGGUGUUCCCCCGAGCUCGCCAGACCAGCACGAGCCUCUCCUCCUGCGGCGGCCUUGCCGGGGCGGCCCGCAGGGCCUCUGCCUCCUUGGUGCCCCGAUUGUGGCCUCGCUGAUCACAGCGGGUGCCCUGACGGCAUCCCGAUUGAUAUUGUCAGUACACGCCAGUCGUUGAAAGUAGGUA